GAAAUAGCUCUUCCAUCCACUGGUUGACUCCCCAAUGGCUGCCCAUACACUUGGGCCAUUUCCGCUGCUUUCACAGGCACAUUAACAGGGAACUGGAUUGGAAGUGGGGCAGCCAAAACUCAAACUGGGUCCAUAUGGGAUGCUGGCACUGUAGGCAGUGGCUUUACAUGCUACACCACAGCACCAGCCCCCAAAAUUGUCAUUUUCUUAUGUAUAUUUUCCAAAUGUUGUAGAGUAAAAACAUAUCACUUUGACAAUAAGAAAAAUAGCUUUUGAAAUAAGUGACCACAUUUGCAUAAUUGAAAGAAUAAAAAAAGUUUACUAAAUUUGUACUUGACGAUUUCAUAGGGGCAAUAACCAUGGCAUUGCUGGAAAACCUGGUGGCAGGAAAUGUAUACAUUGUCAAGAUCUGCAUCCAACGAGGUGGGAGAAGGACCCUUCUCAAAUUCUGUGGAGCUGGCAGUCCUUCCAAAGGAAACUUCUGAAUCAAAUCAGAGGCCCAAGCGUUUAGAUUCUGCUGAUGCCAAAGUUUAUUCAGGCUAUUACCACCUGGACCAGAAGUCAAUGACUGGCAUUGCUGUAGGUGUUGGCAUAGCCCUGACCUGCAUCCUCGUCUGUGUUCUCAUCUUGAUAUACCGAAGUAAAGCCAGAAAAUCAGCUGCUUCUAAGACGGCACAGAACAGACCCCAGCAGUUGCCUCGUACCAGUGCCUCUUCGGCAAGCAGAAGUGAAGUGGGAAAGAACCUGGAAAGAGCCGUUGAGAAUGAAGAGUCCUUAAUGCCAAUGAUGGCGCCCAGCAACUUCAUUGAUGCAAAGGGAGGAACUGACCUGAUAAUCAACAGCUAUGGUCCUAUAAUUAAAAGCAACUCUAAGAAAAAAUGGCUUUUUUUCCAAGACUCUAAGAAGAGGAAAGUUGAGCAGCCUGCAAGAAGAUUCACUCAAGCUGUCUGCUUUUAUCAGCCGGGCACUACUGUGCUCCUUGGUGAUGAAGACUCUCCCGGCUCCCCAGGCCAGACAGCCAGCUUCCCAAGACCCUUUGGUGCCGCAGUGGAUACUGAACAUUCAGCAAACAGUGAAGGGAGCCACGAGACUGGCGACUCUGGAAGAUUCUCCCAUGAGUCCAAUGAUGAGAUACACCUGUCCUCUGUCAUAAGCUCCACACCCCCAACGUCCAGUUCUCUCACUGGCAGUGAUUCUGGGGAGGACCCCACGACAAGGAAGUGUGAAGACCCUGCAGCGCCAGCCACUGCGGAGCAGACCCCUGCGUCUGUGCUGCGGCCCUCACCCACAAUGCGGUGCUUGGAGAAAGGUUUUCCCGUCUAGACAGCCAUGCUCAGGUGUCUUGCCUGUAAGUCUGUUCGAAGGACAAUGAACAGGGAGCCAAAGCCUUUUGUGAAAGCCUUCAUGUCUUAGUGGGUGUUUCAGCCUUUUUUGAAUGUGUUUUUUUUUUUUUUUUUUUUGAAACUCAUGUAUUUUGAAUGUUUCAUUGUCAGCAAUGUGAAAGGACAGUCAAAGUAUUUGACUGGAUUAUAAAAUAUAUCACUGGAGCAGAGGGAAGACUUCGAGAGCCCCUUUGCUGACUAUCUACCUCAGUUUGCCCGAAGGCAAACUCUGAAGAAAACUGUGUUACCUCAUUUGUUGUAGUUUAUGUCAGCUGCGUUACCAAUGAUACUUCCUAGUAGCCUUUUGUUUUCAUUGCUGUAUGUGUAAUAUGUGUGAUCAAAGGAGUCAUUUAGGUAGGUAAGAGUGUUUAUCUGAAGCUCUGAUUUUCAACAAAAACUGUAACCUCCACAAGGUUUGGGCAGUUUUACCCCCUUCUGUGAGGACUGGUAAACCACCAAAAAGAAAAGUUGGAUUAUUUAUUUUGAUGAUUGGCCAGAACAGUAAAAAAAAAAAGUAUCUCUCUUGAGAACAGAACCAUUCACAAGCAUCUAGGGAAUAAUAUUGCUUAAAGGCCUUUAUGUUUUGGGCAUUAGAAUCUGAGUGUUUUAUCUGCUGGAUCCCAAACCUCAGCCUCCCUCGCGCCGUGCCUUUUUUACCACCUCUUUGCCUGACAGUUGGCCAAAGGCUGUACUGCCAGCUUGCAAAGCAUCCUCAGCUUUUCCAAUAUUAGUUACAAAGCCCCAUGCAGAAAGUGGAUUUUUAUUGUUAAAGAGAAUGGGUUAGGGAUUUCUUUUUUGUAAUCCCAGUUUGGUUUAAAGGAUUGAAGAAAUUUCAUAUUAACAAUGAAGAUAAAUGUGACAGUGAACCCGAGGUUAUUGUGAUAACAGUGCCUUCUAGAAUAUAUUACGAAAUGUUUUGCCUUAUACCUUUUUGAUAUUCAUGAGGUUGUUUAGGACAGAAGUAUAAAAAGUUGCCUUAAUAGUUUCUAGAACUUACUCAGUAACUAUUUUGAUACUUAGUAUCUUACCGUAAAAGUUUUUUUUAAUGAAGUUUUUGUUUAGGGAUAAAUAUUCAGCAUUUUGCCACCCUGCUUGGUACUCUUCAUGUAAUCUUCCUUCAGUGUCAGUGCUGUGAAUGAGGAAACUAACUCUGCAGAGUCAGUCAGUCCUCUUGCUGGGUUUGAAGUCAGCAAAUAGUUCACUCAGCCACAUGGAAUAGGCCUUUCUCAGUCAUGUGACAGUGACCUAGGUGCCUAGCAGCAGGGGAGAAUAAGGAACUAGAUGCGUUCUAGAGAGGAUCCACUUAUCCUAUUAAAAAUAUGCUUUCAAGUUUUCUGGAUAUGACUCUUGAGUCUCCCUUUAAAAGUAAUCUUCAUGGGUUUCCCUUUGAGACCGUUUGCUUGUAGAGGGGGCAGGGUCAUAUGAAAUGAAGGGGCUCAAGAAGCAAAAGAAUUGUACUGGAUUACAGGCCUGGUGUCACUCCUAGACAGCGAGGGAUGCUGUAACAGGAACAUUUUUUUUCCCUUUAAUCUAUAGUUUGUGCCAAACUGAGUGUUUUAGAAGCAGGCCGACAUAAAGUGGCAGUAACCUCUUCCAGACUCAAUUCAAAGCCCCCCCUAAGUGUGGGCUUCAUGGCAAAACAGGCAACACAGCAAAAGCAGAGCUUUAGGUGAGCAGUCUGAGGCGGGGAAGAUGCCGCCCCUGCCUUUCUAGCUCCUGUUUAUACUACCUCCUUUGAAAGUAUUCUAGUGUUAUUUUUUUCCUGUACUCAGGGAACAUUUUAUUACUUUUGAGCUGCCUCAUGGAAGCAUGGGCAGAUUGACAGGGUAUGGCGUUGUGCGGUUCCUAAGUAGAAGUAUGUGGGGCCGACUUUUAUCAUUGUCUAUAAGUCAGGAGUACAAUGAGAUCAUUUUGUUGUUUAAACUUUCAUUAAAAGGCAAACGAGAUCUAUAACUGAAACAUGCAUCAUAGUUAUGGAAGAUGUGUUUUGGACUGUGUGAAUUUGAAUAGUCUUAUUAAUUGCCUGAAAAGAUGAUCUGAAGUCCUUGAGAAAAUAUUUUGUUUGUGUGGCUUCUGAUGGAUAGGCCCAUAGUUAUUAUAGAUCUUUAGGUUAUAACUGUUGGCUAAUUAUUUACCAGUACAUUUUUACCUCUUCAUUUUGUUCUUAUACACUUUUUCAUAAUAAUCCUGUUACCAAAGACUUUUCAGUAGAAAGUAAAAUGAUUAUAAUUCCCCCCAAAUUGAAUUAACUAGAAACAUCUAUAGAUACGAAGUUUAUCCAAGUAGUUACUAACCCAGAAUGAUAGGAUUUAUAUUGAUUGUUGUAGUUAAAUAGUCUAGUGAUUUUGACUACCUUAUUUGUUACCAGAGCAUUCGAAAUAAGUUAUAAUACUUCCUUUACCAGAAAAUAGUUCCAGAGGAUUUUAUAUUUCAGGUAUGAUUUUUUUCUUCAACAAGUAGAUCUUCAACUCUACAGUAUUAAA